AUGACCCGGAGGUCCUUCCGGUUCGUCUUCCGUGCAGGUGGAGCGCCCAAGGAGUACUUAAAGUGCAAACUUUUCUCUUUCACUUUGACAGGGAAGGCUUUAAGAUGGGUGAAGUCUCUUCCAGCUCAAUCCAUAACCACAUGGAAAGAGUACAAGGUGGCAUUCUUAGGCCAUUUCUUCACAAAGCAAAGAGCAAACUUAUUGAGAGAAAAGAUCUCUAGUUUCCAACAAGGGCCGGUGGAGCCUUUUCAUGAAGCAUUGGAGCGCUUUAAGGACUACACAAGGGAGUGUCCUAAUCAUGGGCUAUCUGAUGGCAGUCUAUGGAACAUUUUCUACAGAGGAAUAAGUGGGAAGUGUCGAUUUUCUCUUGAUACAGCCAGCAAUGGAAAUUUCAUGACCAAGACAGUUACUGAAGCAAAGAUUCUAAUGAGAAUCUAG